GCCCUCCCUUCCGGCCGCUCUCACGUCCGCGCUUUGCGGCGGCGCCGUGCGACAGCGGCGGUUGGCGCCUUUGUCCUGGCGGGCGGCGGCCUGAGGCGGAGCGGGCCCGGUACGGCGAGUUGGAUUUGGAACGAAAGCAAAAUGGCCCGAGGACGCAAGAGCAAUAGCAUCAAACAGAGCGACUUCACUAACAGCACCAAACCUCAGGAUUUAGAGAGAAGACUUUUUAUCGGCAAUUUGCCCACAGACCACAUGACUCGGGAAGAAAUGGAAGAGAUAUUUUCAAAAUAUGGCAAAAUCAGGGCCCUCAGCAUGUACCAUGGCUAUGGGUUCGUGCAGUAUGACCGUCUAGAAGAUGUCCAGGCCGCUCUGGACGGUGAGAAGGGCCGCCUUUAUAAAGGGUAUAGAUUAGAUAUUAAUAAAGCAGCGGACAGAAGAAAUAUGAAUAAGGCUUCAUCAAGGUCCAGUCCGGCACGAAGAGAGCCUUAUACCUAUGGGGAUGGCCGCGAUAACAGACGCGAUCGCUCCCCUCUUCGGGGGAGCCCACGGAGAGACCCCAGAGAUGGCAGGGAUGGUAGAAACGGGCGAGAUUCCAGAGACACUCGAGACAUUCGAGCCAGAGACUUUCGUGAUGCCAGAGACCACAGAGACCCUCGGGACCUGCGAGACCUUCGCGACCCCCGGGAUAUCAGAGAUCCAAGGGACCUGCGGGACCCUCGUGAUACCAGAGAGUUUCGUGACCCACGGGAGCCGCUGUAUGAUCGAUACAGGGAUCCACGGGACAUGAGGAAUCCAAGAGACAUGAGGGAUCCACGGGACAUGAGGGAUCCACGGGAUAUGAGAGACCCUCGGGACCCUAUGUACAGGCGAGAUGAGCCUUAUGACCGUUACCUCCGCAUGGAUGAUUACUAUCGGCGGAAGGACGACUCUUACUAUGACCGUUACAAAGAGCAUUUUGACAGAGCACCAGGGAAUUCAGAAGUUUCAGACCGUCUGAAGCGAGAGGAACGCCGCCGAGAGGAGCUGUACCGUCAGUACUAUGAGGAAAUCAAGAGGCGUUUUGAUGCUGAGAGACCUGUGGAUUGUUCUGUGAUAGUGGUGAACAAACAGACAAAGGAGUAUGCGGAGUCAGUGGGGCGGAAGGUGCGGGACCUGGGCAUGGUGGUGGACCUGAUCUUCCUCAACACAGAGAUGUCACUGACACAAGCCCUGGAUGAUGUGAGCAGAGGAGGAUCUCCUUUUGCCAUUGUCAUCACUCAGCAGCAUCAAGUUCACCGUUCUUGCACUGUUAACAUCAUGUUUGGCACCCCACAAGAGCACCGCAACAUGCCCCAAGCUGACGCCAUGGUGCUGGUGGCCAGGAAUUAUGAGCGCUACAAAACAGAGUCACGGGAGAAGGAGCGUGAGGAGAUCGCCCGGCAGGCUGCCAAGAUGGCAGAUGAGGCUGUUCUGCAGGAGAGAGAGCGCCCGCCCGCCGUGGAGGAGGGGGCCAGAGGGGGCCACCCCCACCCUCCAGGCAUUCAGACUCUCUUGAACCUUCUGGCAGACAAUCGCUAUUUAACUGCUGAGGAGACUGAUAAAGUAAUUAAUUACUUGAGAGACCGGAAGGAAAGGUUACUGAGGGGGAACACUGAUUCUCUGCAGGCACCCAUGUCGAGACCAUCUCUGGGAGCACCUUCAACACCGUCUCUGGGCAGUCAAUCCAACCUUCCAAGCUCUCAGACUCAUCAGGGUUCACAGCCUCUGGUUUCUGCUCCUUCUGUUCCAGCAUCCUCUGCUAAUCCCCAGCAGGAGCUCCAGGCAAAAAUCCUCAGUCUCUUCAACAGCGGGGCGGCAGCAGCUGUGGCAAACAGCAGUUCUGCACCCACCGUGGGCACGUCGGGUGGCACUCCGAGCCAGAACUUCACUAACAUGACCAGCAAUCAGGCCCGAUCAGCACCAAUGAGUGCUGGAAAUUUAAACCAGGCUCAGCAGAGAUUGCAAACUCCAAACACGCAGAUUCCUUCUCUCCAAGGCCCUUCAAGAAAUGCAGGUCCAAGACCUGGAGCUCCUCCACCAGCUCAGUCACUUUAUGGUCAGCACCAGAAUCGUCUCCCUGCGCCUGGCAAUGUACCUGCCCAAAGGCCGGUAUCGUCUGGUAUCAACUUUGACAACCCCAGUGUACAGAAAGCCUUGGACACCCUUAUCCAGAGUGGUCCUGCACUCUCCCACCUAGUGAGUCAGACAGUGGCCCAGGGGCGAGCAGGGUCCUCUACCCAGCAACCUAUGGGUUCCUACCAGCGACACUAUUAAAGCUGAGCUGUCAAACCCUUUCCCCUACCCUUUGUCAUUCCAUAUUUCUAGCUGUUUAAAGAGUCUCCUGUCCUUGAUGUGGGACAAAUGCCCCUGGAUAUGCAUGUCCUCUCCACUUUGUUGAGAGUGUACUCCCAGUGGCAUUGCUGCUGAGUGUUACUAGUGCUGCCCUUCCUCACCUUGGUCUGGAUAGCAGUGUUUGGAGAAGUCUCUUCUGUUUUCUCAGUGGCAGGAUAUGCGGAGAGCCACUUUGGGCAUUCACUUGUUCUGUCCAAGCCCAGGAGUUGCUACAAUGACAGCCCUACAUAUUCCUCUCUCCUGUCCAUGGGUGCACCUUCAUGUUGUGGUGCAUUCUGGUCUUAGUUUAGUUUCUGGCCCAUUUUGGGGAAAAUGAUGCAGGACUGAAAAGAGCAGCACCCUGACUGGGCCUUCCUGGAGCUGCAGGCGUUUGGAACGGGCACUUAUUUGCAUUUCUUUGUUUCUUUUAUUUCUUUUCCUUUUAAUGCCAUGUAAGCUGGUUUCAGAGGGAAAUGCAGUGGCAGCACUAAGAACUGAACUGACGUGGCUGACUGCUGUUCUGUAAGCCAGGACAGCACUGUGUAGUCCUGCAGCUGGGCUGUCCUGUCCUGGCACAGCGAGGCUGGCAAAAGCACUUCACCUUGCCUGGCAUGUGGGAGCUGACAGUUUUGUUCUGCCUGCGAUGGUGGAUCUGAAACAGGAGAUCUUCCAGCCAAGGCAGAGAUCUUAAACGGUCUAUUGACUGAACAAAAUCAGCCCUGCACCCAAGUAGCCCAUUUUGAGAUCAGUCUAUUAAAUUUCAUGUACUAAUUUCCUUUCCUUUCCUUAUAAUCUUGCUUUGGGACAGCUGGUUACACUGCCCAGCAGCUCAGCCACAGCCACGCUGUUGUGCUGCUGGUCCUGUCUGCAGCCACUUCCCAGGUGGUCAUCGUCUGCUCUCCAAAGCUUCACCUUGGUUGGUGUUUUGUCCAUCUCAGGUGGGAGGCAGCGCCAACAUGCAAUACUAGAAUUCCAUGUGUCCUGCCAACACUUUGGUAGCUGCAGCGGGCAGUGGAGUGGGUCAGGCAGUGAUAGUUCACCGUGUUUUUAACCAGUAACAUGCUUUGAUACCAGAACACAGAACUUCUCGAACCACGCGGUCCUUCUUGCACAGCCUUCCUGGGGUCUGUAGGUUUCCUGCAGAACCAAAGGAUGCUGAGAAAGCAACGUUCUUGGAGCAGAGGAUGUUCUUGUCCAAGGUGGUUUGUGUUGUAGCAUUUUUUUCUCUCUGUGCUGUUAACGAAAGGACGUUACUUUUUAAUAAAAAGGCAGGAAAAACGUUGUGUUGCAUUUGAUUUAUGUGCUUAGAGCAGUUUGAGUGCUGCUGUGCUGCUGCUCUGCUCUGCUUAUUUUGCUGUGCUUGCUGUUACUCUCUUCCAGGUUAAGUGCUUCAGGCCUUGCCUGGUGCUGGAUGCAAAGGGGAAAGCGUGCAAACCUUACUGUGCCCUCAUCUGGGACUAUUUUGGUCU